UUUUGAGAAUGGAGGACGUUCACAACCCUGAACUGCAGCAACAUGCUCGUGGAAGAGCAAUUGGAAGGCGUGUAAGAAUACGUGGUGGUGGUAGAGGAAGAAAUAAUCGAGGAAGAGGUGGAAAUAGAAGAGUCAGAGUCUCUGAUGAAAUCAGAGCCACACUUGUGGAUCAUGUCAUAAAUCAUGGUUUAACAAUGGAAGAGGCUGGUCGAAGAGUACAGCCUAAUGUAAACAGGUCCACAGUGUCAUCAAUUGUGCAAACCUUUCGUAGGGAAAACAGAACUGCACGACAACCUUGCGCUGGUGGCAGAGCAGCAGUAUUUAACCAACUGCAAGAACAAGAAAUUUGCAACAUGGUCAUAGCCAACAAUUCCAUCAGGCUAAGAGAGAUCCAAAGUUCAAUCAUAAAUGACAAUAAUGUCUUUGCAAAUAUAAAUUCUGUCUGCAUUUCCACCAUAGACAGAGUUUUAAAAAGACAUCAGAUGACUAUGAAACAGCUCUAUAAGGUGCCAUUUGAGAGGAACAGUGAAAGAGUCAAGGCGUUGCGGUACCAGUAUGUCCAGAGAAUCAUGGAGUUAGAAGUACAUGAAACGACCCACAUUAUUGUUUUUGUGGACGAGGCUGGUUUUAAUCUGUCCAAAGGCCGGAGACGUGGUCGCAAUCUAAUUGGACACCAAGCCACAAUUGACACACCAGGCCAACGUGGGGCCAAUAUUACAAUGUGUGCUGCCAUUUCAGAGAACGUUGUAAGCGAAAUGUCCUGCAGUUCCACAGUAAAGGCUAAGGCCCUGGGAUCUCCGCCUUUCCUUCUCCUCCCGGGAAAGCCGAGCUCGCCCGACCUGCAUGGGCUUGUGAUCGUAGACGGGGCUGACUGCAUCCCCGCUGCUGGAUUGCGUGGUCUCAGCUGCUCCAGAGAACCAAACGGGUAA